CUUCCCCGCGAGGCCGAGGCGCCCCGGAGCCAUGGCCGGCUUGAAGUUCGGGGCCACAGUCGCGGCGCUGGUGCUUCUGCUGCUGGGUGCGGCGCGCCUAUCGCGCGGGGCAGAAGCUUCGAAGAUUGCAGUGCCACAGGGAAGCGGCAUAGCUGUUCACAUAAAGCUGGGGGCCGCGACUCCGCCCGGGAAGCCCUGCCACAUUGUCGUCGCCAAAAGAUUCGUAACCAUGCUGACCAUCAAAUCCGGGGAAAAGACAGACUUUACCUUCAGCUGCCACCACCCAGAACAUUCCUUUGUCAUGGAGAUCCAGAGGAAUAUCGACUGCAUGUCAGGCCCGUGUCCUUUCGGGGAGGUCCAGCUUCAGCCCUCGGUGCUGCCCGCCCUCAACAGGACUUUCGUCUGGGACGUCCAGGCCCAUAAGAACAUCGGCCUGGAGCUGCGCUUCUCGGCUCCCCGCCUGAGGCAGAUCGGGCCGGGCGAGAGCUGCCCGGACGGAGUCACCCACUCCAUCAGCGGCCGCAUCGAUGCCAGCGCGGUCAGGAUCGGGACCUUCUGCAGCAACGGCACCGUGGCCCGCAUCAAGGUGCAGGGGGGCGUGAAGGUGGCCAUGCAUCUCCCGUGGUUCCACAGCAGAAACGUCUCCGGUUUCAGCAUCGCCAACCGCUCCUCUAUCAAACGCCUGUGUAUCAUUGAGUCCGUGUUUGAGGACGAAGGCUCAGCGACCCUGAUGUCUGCCAACUACCCGGAAGGCUUCCCUGAGGACGAGCUCAUGAGCUGGCAGUUCGUCAUCCCCCCGCACCUGCGGGCCAGCGUGUCCUUCCUCCGCUUCAACGUGUCCAACUGCGAGAAGAAGGAGCAGCGGGUGGAAUACUACAUCCCGGGCUCCACCACCAACCCCGAGGUGUUCAGGCUGGAGGACCAGCAGCCCGGGAACAUGGCGGGGAACUUCAACCUCUCCCUGCAGGGGUGCGAUCAGGACGCCCAGAACCCCGGGAUCCUCCGGCUGCAGUUCCAAGUCCUGGUCCAGCGUCCGCAGAAUGAAAGCAGUAAGACCUACGUGGUUGACCUGAGUAACGAGCGGGCCAUGUGGGUCACCAUCGAGCCGCGGCCCACCAGGCAGAGCCGCGUGUUCGUCCCCGGCUGCUUCGUGUGCCUGGAGUCGCGGACCUGCAGUGCCAACCUCACCCUCGCGCCGGGCUCCAAGCACAAACUCUCCUUCCUCUGCGACAACCUGACCCGCCUGUGGAUGAACGCCGAGAAAACCAUAAGCUGCAUGGACCCCCGGUACUGCCUCAGGAGACCCCAGCUGCUCCAGGUGCCCAGCGACCUGCUCCGGCUGCCUGUGCAGCUGCACGACUUCUCCUGGAAGCUGCUGGUGCCCGAGGACAGGCUGAGCCUGGCGCUGGUGCCAGCCCAGAAGCUGCAGCAGCACACCCACGAGAAGGCCUGCAGCACCAGCUUCAGCUACCUGCUGGCCAGCGCCAGCCCCGGCCGCGACCUGUACUUUGGCUCCUUCUGCCCUGGGGGCGCCAUCGAGCAGAUCCAGGUGAAGGAGAAUGUCUCCGUGACCCUUCGCACCUUCUCCCCCAGCUUCCAGCGAGAGGCCCCGGGGCAGGGCCUGGCCGUGUCCUUCGUACCACACUUCAGAGAGGAGGGUGUCUUCACGGUGACCCCAGACACAAAAAACAAGGUCUACCUGAGGACGCCGAACUGGGAUCGGGGCCUCCCGGCCCUCGCCUCCGUGUCCUGGAACAUCAGCGUGCCCAGCGACCAGGUGGCCUCCCUGACCUUCUUCAAGGAGCGCAGUGGCGUGGUCUGCCAGACGGGGCGUGCAUUCUUAAUCAUCAAGGAGCAGCGGACGCGAGCUGAGGAGAUCUUCAGCCUAGAGGAGGAGGCGCUCCCCAAGCCGAGCUUCCGCCACCACAGCUUCUGGCUCAACAUCUCAAACUGCAGCCCCGCGAGCGGCAAGCAGCUCGACCUGCUCUUCUGGGUGACACUGACCCCGAGGACUAUGGACUUGACCGUGGUCAUCAUCGCCGGGGUGGGAGGCGGAGCCUUGCUGCUGUUCUCGCUCGGACUCAUCAUUUGCUUUGUGAAAAAAAAGAAAAAGAAGGGGAGCAAAGGCCCCCCCGUGGGGAUCUACAAUGGCAACGUCAACACCCAGAUGCCCCGGCCGGUGGGCAAGUUCCAGAAAGCACGCAAGGACAAUGACUCGCACGUGUAUGCGGUCAUCGACGACACCAUGGUGUACGGCCACCUGCUGCAGGACUCCGGCUCCUUCCUGCAGCCCGAGGUGGACACCUACCGGCCCUUCCAGGGCCACAUGGGGGACUGCCCGCCCUCCCCGCCCCCUGUGUGCUCCAGGGCGCCGACGGCAAAGCUGACGGCUGGCGAGCCGGCCCCCUGCCUCCCUCCCGAGUCCGAGGAUGAGCCAUACACCUUCUCGCAUCCCAGCACGGGUGAGGGACACCAGGGGGACACGGGCAGUCCCCUGCUGGGCACCCAGGAGCCAGUGGAGCCGGCGGAAUAGCGUGGACCGUCCGAAGAUCUUGCAGGAGUGUGUGAGCAGGGCAGAGACACCGUUCGGUGCUGCUAACCAGAACCCACUGAGGAGCACUCACAUGGAAGGGACGGAGGAUUUUCUGGGUACCAACCACGUUAGUCUGAGGACUCACUCCAGCGGAGAACUCCGAGAACAAUGCGCUCUGACCCAGUGCAGCCACUAGUGUGUGUGCCUCCCACACCAAGGUAGUGGCGCGGACCAGCCCGUACCGAGAGGAGGGCGGUGACCGCGGGAGCCCGGGCCGCUGCUCUCACUGGGGGCCGAUGGGAAGCACAGUGCGCCUCUUCUCUGCUAUGAGCUGGCGGUGCGGCCCCGCGCAUCCCGGCAGGCUAACUGUUCACCAUUUCCUUUUAACCGGGAUCGAAAACCCCAGGCCCGGAGGCUGUCUCCCUGGGACCUCAGUGGAUGGCGAUUUCUGGAGACUUACAUCAGAGAAGGGGCGACCCCUGUGUUUUAAAGCCAAGGCCCCCACGUGAAGCGUGUCGAGUCACUGGAAACCAGCCAAACGAGCCACUGAAGCAGGUGUGGCCCUGUGGCAGCCCAGCGCCCGGCCCCCCGGCCUGCGCCCGGAGGAGGGCGUUCCCUACUGCUGUGGCCGUCACACGGGAGGCAAGGGUCCGACGGACCACUGACCUGGGUGACACUAGGGGACUGCUCUGCGUGGGUCUGCAGUGCUUCGUGGAAAUAAUUUAUUCAUUGUAGAUACUUUUCAGGCGGCAUUUUAUUCAUUUGCUAUACUUUUUUAAAUAAACGAAUGUACAAAAAGUAUAAUAAUAAGAGUGCGGUUGUGUAGCUGCCCCAGCGUCCUCAUGCCCAGUCCAUAGCGGCUGACGGGCAGCCUUU